AGUUGCAUUAUGGGAGAACAAUGAUUGACACGGCAGCCAUUUUCCUACGGGGCGCCCUGUUCCCAUUGUGUGAGAGAUAGUAAAUACUGACACUGCUAGAAAACCAUAACAUUUAUUUCCUUGCGAAAAAACGUUUAUAUUUACGUCAGGUGAUAACUAACUCGUCAUGGCUCGUACCAAGCAGACCGCCCGUAAAUCCACUGGAGGAAAGGCUCCACGUAAGCAGCUGGCCACCAAGGCUGCCCGCAAGAGUGCACCGUCUACCGGUGGGGUCAAGAAGCCCCAUCGUUACAGGCCCGGCACCGUGGCCCUGCGUGAGAUCCGUCGGUACCAGAAGUCCACUGAGCUGCUGAUCCGCAAGCUGCCCUUCCAGCGCCUGGUGAGGGAGAUCGCUCAGGACUUCAAAACCGACCUGCGCUUCCAGAGUGCAGCGAUCGGAGCCCUGCAGGAGGCCAGCGAGGCAUACCUGGUGGGUCUGUUUGAGGACACCAACCUGUGUGCCAUCCAUGCCAAGCGUGUCACCAUCAUGCCCAAAGACAUCCAGCUGGCACGUCGCAUCCGUGGGGAGCGUGCUUAGCCUGCCCGCCCGCCCUCCUUUCCUUUUUCUCUUUAAUGUUUCACCUCUAUUCUCUUUGUUUCUUUAUCUCUCACCGUCCUAACUCCCUCAUUUCGCCCCGCCCUUCCAUCUCACCCCCCAGCCCCCUCUGCCUGUUUUCUUCUUGGUAGUCUUUAGAGUAACCGUGAUUAUGAUGAGAGAAACGUGUUGAAAAGUCUCGUCUCUCAUAGUUUUUGUCUUCAGCAGAUGUUUUAGGGUACCUUUUUCGUGCAUGUAGUAGGUGUCGCUGAUCAGACACACACACACAGGUUUGUGCGUCCUCAGCUCUCAUAAAAUAAAACUCACUCACAUGCACAGGUGGGCAGACCAGAAGGGUGUCGCCCGGGGGCUAGUCUGCUUAAGGGGAGUGGCAACUUCCACAGCAGGGUGCUACUAAAACUAACCCCAGGGCUGUUGGUGUGUGUGUGAGCUCUGAUCAGCUAAGCAAAUUGUAUUCAACAGCAAACAAGUAUCAUCUUGGUUACUUAAAAAUAAUUGAUGAUUACUAUCA